AUGAGCGGGCAGAAGAAGAGGAAUUUUCAGAUUGAAGCGUUUAAACACAAAGUGGUGGUGGAUCCCAAGUAUGCGGACAAGACUUGGAAGAUUCUGGACCAUGCGAUUCAUGAGAUUUAUAAUCACAAUGCUAGCGGUCUCAGCUUUGAAGAAUUAUACAGAAAUGCCUACAAUAUGGUACUGCAUAAAUUCGGGGAAAAGCUCUACUCAGGACUUGUGUCGACCAUGACCCUCCACCUCCAGACAAUGGCCAAAUCCAUAGAGGCUGCACAGGGCCCACUGUUCCUUGAUGAGCUCAACUCUAAAUGGAACGACCACAACAAGGCUCUCCAGAUGAUUCGCGAUAUCCUCAUGUACAUGGACCGCACCUUCAUUCCCAGCACCCAUAAAACACCCGUCCAUGAGCUCGGGCUCAACCUCUGGAGGGACAACGUGGUCCACUCCACAAAAAUCCAGCCGCGCCUCCUGAACACAAUCCUUGACCUCAUACUCCGGGAGCGCUCAGGCGAGGAGUUCAUCGAGUGCAGCGACUGCGGGGAGUAUCUCAAGAAAGCCGAGAGGCGUCUCAAUGAAGAAAUAGACAGGGUUUUCCAUUACUUGGACGGGAGGAGCGAGCCUAAAAUCACGAAUGUGGUCGAGAAAGAAAUGAUUGCCAACCACAUGCUCAGGCUUGUCCACAUGGAGAACUCGGGCCUCGUGAAGAUGCUCCUUGAUGAUAAAAUUGAGGACCUGGGGCGAAUGUACAAUUUAUUCCGCCGGGUCCCCAAUGGCCUCUCCACCAUCCGGGAUGUGAUGACGUCGCACAUACGGGAGACGGGCAAACAGCUCGUGACCGAUCCCGAGAAGUCGAAGAACCCUGUUGAGUUCGUUGACACCCUCCUUGGGAAACGGGACAAGUACGACCACAUCAUAAACAACGCAUUUGGCAAUGACAAGACCUUCCAAAAUGCCCUCAGCUCAUCCUUUGAAUAUUUUAUCAAUUUAAACCCGCGCUCGCCUGAGUAUGUGUCACUGUUCGUGGACGACAAGCUGCGCAAGGGGCUCAAGGGAGUGAAGGAGGAGGACAUCGAGAUUGUCCUCGACAAGGUCAUGAUCCUUUUCAGGUAUCUACAGGAGAAGGACGUUUUCGAGAAGUACUACAAGCAGCACCUAGCCAAGCGGCUGCUCUCAGGCAAAACGGUGUCAGACGAUGCCGAGAGGAGCCUGAUAGUGAAGCUGAAGACUGAGUGCGGGUACCAGUUCACGUCCAAGCUGGAGGGGAUGUUCACAGACAUGAAGACGUCCCAGGACACGAUGCAGGACUUCUAUGGGUCCCACGGGUCCGAGCUGGCGAGCUACCCCACGUUGGUUGUCCAGGUGCUGACUACCGGAUCAUGGCCGACACAAACGAGCCAGACCUGCAACCUGCCAUCUGAGCUGUCCGCCCUGUGCGAGAGGUUCCGAUCGUACUACCUGGGAACUCACACGGGCCGACGGCUGUCGUGGCAGACCAACAUGGGGACGGCCGACCUGCGGGCAACUUUUGGGAAUGGACAGAAGUAUGAGUUGAAUGUGUCGACUUACCAGAUGUGUGUGUUGAUGCUUUUUAACAACACCGACCGGCUCACAUAUAGAGAGAUUGAGCAGGCCACCGAGAUACCUCCAUCCGACCUGAAACGGUGCCUGCAGUCCUUGGCGUGCGUGAAAGGCAAAAACGUCCUGCGCAAGGAGCCCAUGAGCAAGGAUAUAGGAGAGGAGGACACAUUUUCUGUGAAUGAUAAUUUCACGAGCAAGCUCCGCAAGGUGAAGAUCGGGACUGUGGUGGCCCAGAAGGAGUCAGAGCCUGAGAAGCAGGAGACGAGGCAGAGGGUCGAGGAGGAUAGGAAGCCACAGAUUGAGGCUGCCAUUGUUAGGAUCAUGAAGUCGAGGAGGGUUUUGGAUCACAACAAUAUUAUUGCAGAGGUCACUAAGCAGUUGCAGUCCAGGUUUUUGGCUAAUCCCGGGGAGAUCAAGAAACGGAUCGAGUCACUUAUCGAGCGGGAGUUCUUGGAGAGGGAUAAUGGGGAUAGAAGGUUGUACCGUUACCUCGCAUGA